AUGGUCAGUGGCGUUGGUCUCGGUACAGUGCAACCCUCCAUCCGGCUAGGGUUCGAGCAGCUGCGUGCGAUUCUGCGGCGCUUCGAGUACUUCCAGUACUGGACGGAGGAGCAGAUCCGGGAGUGCAGCAUACUGGCCCGGGUAGUCCAGUUUGCGCCCCAGCAGACGAUACCGCUCGACGGUGCGCUACCGUGCGUACACCUCGUCCUCAGCGGCCAGUGUAUGCUGCUGCAGUAUCUGCGCGUGAGACGUGAGGGUGUCGGUACGGUCGAACGGUUCCGGCUCGUACCACCGCUGGCGGACACGCUGCAACUGCCCGCCAGCUGCCGUACACCGCCAUCACCGGGCCGGAAGGAUCCGCUGCAGGACGAGAUAUGGCGCUGGCACGAGACGUUCCGGACACCACCACCGGAGCAGCAGGUGGUGCCGGCCCUGCUAGACGUUGGGACGCUCCGUGUCGGGGCAGUGUUUGGGCUCGGCGAGCGGCACCCGGACCGGACGAUCGUGGCCCGUACACGGACCCAGUGCCUGCUGAUACCCCGCUGCUGGCUGUUGCUGAAGCGCCAAAACAUCGGCAACACCUGGUGCCGGCUCCGGAUGUACCUGGACGGUGCGAUCCCGAACCGUGACGCCCUGUUCGAGCAGUUCCAGCGGGACCGGGCCUGGCAGCGGUAUCGGCGCCGGCUCGUGGCGGCCGCACCGAAACCACGGCCAAGCCGUACACGAUCUGCCGACGUACCGGUGAUGUGCCGGAUUGCUGAAGCUACUCUACAACAACAACAAUAA